AUGCUCAUAGGCGCCGCCGUCAAGGAGGGCGCGGCGCGCGGCGCGGUGCUGCGGCCGCUGUUCUCAUACUACAGCUUCCACGGCCCCGUCUUCCGUGUGAUGCUGGAGGUCCGCCGCGGCAAGGCGUGGCCCUCAGAGCACUACAGCUUCGUCGGCCACUGCCACGUGCACGGCGACACGCGCCGCGUCGGCUGGCGCGGCCUCGGGGACGCCGUGUGCACCUGCUGCCGCGGCGCCCACGGCAGCGCAGGCGGCGGCGGCGGCGGCCGCUCGACACCGCUCGCGGUCAGCGGGCCGAUGUGGACGGGGCCGCUGCACGACCGAGGGUUUGUCGAAGCGAUGGCGUCCGAGGCGGAGCGGCUGGGGUGGUCUGGGCACGCCGUGCCGUUGGACAGCGUGCACCGAGAAAAGUCGUCCAAAAACAACAACCAGCGGCCGCUGGAGGACCUGCUGCAGCUGUUCUGGGACGAAGCCGACCCGAAGCUGCCGCCCUGGUACGUCCCGAUCGACGAGAUCGCGAAGCGCCUAGAUCGCAGCCCCUCGAAGGAUGAGCUCAUCCACGCGCUGCGGGCGGAGGGGUAUGCCGCCUCCGGGUGCCACGUGGACCGUAAGGCGCUGCGGACAGAUGCGAGCAUGGGCCAGGUGGCUGAGGUGGCGCGGGGCAUCGGUUACACGCCGCGCGACUGCUGCGGCGGCGGCGGCAGCGGAGGCAGCGGCGGCGGCGGCGCGGGUGCGGUGGGCGAGGCGGCGGCGAGGGGUUGA